AUGCACAAGGACUCGUCCAAGAACGACGCAAACGCGAAACGGCUGUCGAUAUUCUCGGUUCACGUACACCCUGACGGCUCGCGAAUCGCUACCGGUGGCCUGGACGCUAAAAUUCGCAUUUGGAGUACAAAACCUAUCUUGAAUCCCGCCUCUGAAGAGUCAGGAAAGCCACCCAAGUCGCUAUGUACCCUCUCCAUGCAUACCGGCCCUGUUCUGGUUGUUCGUUGGGCACACAAUGGUCGUUGGCUAGCCAGUGGGAGUGACGACGAGAUUGUGAUGAUCUGGGAUUUGGACCCCCAUGGUGGAGGGAAGGUUUGGGGAUCGGAUGAGGUUAACGUGGAGGGCUGGAAACCGUUGAAACGGCUGCCAGGACACGACAGCGACGUUACGGACGUGGCAUGGUCACCUCAGGACAGAUAUCUCGCUUCGGUCGGGCUGGACUCCAAAGUUAUCAUCUGGGACGGCUAUACCCUGGAAUGCGUUCGAAAGCUGGAACAGCAUCAAGGUUUCGUCAAGGGUGUAUGUUGGGAUCCCGUUGGCGAGUUCCUGGCCACUCAGUCCGAUGACAGAACUGUGAAGAUCUGGAGAACGAGAGACUGGUCUUUGGAGGCUGAAGUCACCAAACCGUUCGAAGAUUCACCGGGAAGCACUUUCUUCCGCCGUUUGAGUUGGUCGCCAGAUGGAGCGCACAUUACCGCGUCCAAUGCCACGAACAACAAGGGAUUCGUGUUCAUCGCUGCUGUCAUCACUCGCAAUGUCUGGACGUCGGAAAUCAGCUUGGUGGGACACGAGAAUACGGUUGAAGUAGCUUGCUACAACCCCCACAUAUUCUUGCGCGACCCCUCAAAGCCGGUGUCAACAUCCAAUAUUUGCUCCGUUGUUGCUCUGGGUGCCGACGACAGAUCUGUAUCUGUGUGGCAGACCAAGUCAGCGCGCCCUCUCAUUGUUGCGAAGCAAGUGUUCGAUCGCCAAAUCAUGGACCUCAGUUGGUCCUGGGACGGUCUGACUCUGUACGCAGCCUCUUCGGACGGAACCAUUGCCGUUUUAGGCUUCACGCCAGAAGAACUCGAAGGCAUCGCACCCCACUCUGUCCAGCAGGAAUACUUGAAAAAGUUCGAUUUCUCCCUCCCCCCUCCGCCUCCCGGAUACGAUCACGUCGACGCCAACGAAGCAGCCGCUGCAACACCGAUGCCCGCACCUCAAACCAUGGAUGUCCCAAAGACAAUUGUUGGAGGAGAACAAGUCAACCAGCUGGUUGCGCGCCGAGGCAAGCCCAAGAAACGUGCUGCGCUUAUCCCCUCGGCAUCUACCUCUGGUCUAGCACAAAACCCCGGCUCUAUCAGCGCCCCAGUAUCCAAACGUGCGAUGCUCUCUCAAGUUCCUGACUCUCGGACAUUCUCUUCAUCUGCAAAGAUCAGCGACUUUGGCGGUGACCAUGGAUUUGGUAGCCCCUUUGACCAGGCCUUUGAGGCUCCCAGGUCCUGGGCAUCAAGGCCCGCAGGCGAUGUUGGCGCACCAAUGGACAUCGAUGUUCCCAUCGACGCAUUGGACGGGAAUGGCAAGAAGGGCAAGAGGGCUAUCAUUGACCUUACUGAAGAGGAUGGAAAACCAAGAGGCAGAACCUUGGGUGGUGAUAGGAAAGUGGAAGCUCCUGGUAUGGCCAAGGCUCUCUCAGGCUGGGGUGAAGGUGCCACCGGGGAACCGUCAAGGCAACAGGUGUACAGUGCUACUCUCAUUCAGUCACCCCCGCUGCUUUCUUAUCUGAGCACGGAGGCGGAGGAGAUGGAAUGCCUUCUGGAGGCUAAGAACAACGACUCUGAUCGAACCGUCGAGGUCGCGUUUAUCGUUGGGAAACAAGUACAAUGGCUGGACUAUGUACCUUCCCCUGUCAUCACUCUGAAAGCGACAGCUUCCUUCUGCGCCGCCGCGAUGCAAGAUGGUUGCUUAAACGUGUACUCACAUACAGGACGAAGGAACGUUAAACAACAAAAAGCUCUCUUUGCACCCACCUCACUCGCACCAGUGCUCUCCAGCUCACCCAACCACGUCGUCAUUAGUGCAACAGUCUCCCAAACCGGCGCACCCAUUAUCCACAUCUCCAACAGUGUUAUCUACUCAUACGAUGCCAACCUCUUGUCUUUCGUCAAAGUAACGGAACGCUGGUGGGCUGAACAUUCCGAUGCAUGGCAAGGCCGUGCUCGUGCACCCCAGGCCGGGAGCCAGGGAGCCGUCACUCAAGCCGAACGCGCAUUGAACGGAUCAGGCCACGGUACACCUGCACCAGACCACACGCCUAAACCAGCGUGGUGGGAGACUGCGAUUACGCUGGGACACUUGGAGACCCGGUUGCAUGCGAUGAAGUUGUUCGCUGACAGUGGUGCGGAGUACAGACAUGUGGUAUUGGUGUAUGCAAAGAGGUUGGCGGAUGAAGGUUUCAGAGGCAAGGCAGAAGAGUUGAUCAAAGAGCUCUAUGGCCCAGUUUACUGGCGUCCUGGAAAGGAAGAUGCGACAGUAUCGCCUACCAUCUGCGGUGUACCUCGACGCGACCUACUGAAAGACGUCCUUGGUAUUUUCGUCCGAAGUAAAACCUUGACAAAGUUGGGUCAAGAUUGGCAGGAGACCCUGAAACGGGCUAAUAGCGAAGACGCCUUGUAG